UCUUAAGGCGCCCGAGGGACAAAAACCGAAAGCCAAACCUCAACCACAAACGAAGUCACAAACGCCACUCUCACUCACCCUCCACCGUUGCACACGAACCCAUCAUAGUUCUGAAAUCCAAACACAACCCAGAUGUUAAUUCUUCAGAGAAUGGCAAUGGCCACUUCUUCUUCUUCCUUCCUCUCAAUCCCUCUCCUAAAGACCUUUUCUUUCCUUUCCCCAGUUAAACACUGCGCUUCGCCACUGAGCUCCGAGUUCAGGGCUCUGUCCCUCUACGGCGGCAGAAAUGGAGUCUCCACCUCCUCGGCGAUGGCCACGGCUGCUCGGGUCUCGACCCAAGACGACAAAUUGAAGGAUGCCCAGAUGGAGGUAACUGAUAAGCCUGAGAAAGUCGUGCUUCUAACCAACGAGUCCUCCGAGAGCCUCCUCAGGAUUCGACACACGGUAUUUAUUGAAAUUUCAUUUCUUUUGAUUGGAUUUGUGAUGUGUUAUGUUAAAUUGAAGUAGGAGGUGCUUUCGUGGCGAAAAUUUUGAAUUUUUAGGUUCUUUGGAGCUCUGUUUUUGAAAGUUCGAUGCUUUUGUUCAACUAUUUUCAAUUCUAUGUUAUUGAUUGUCACCUGAUUCUGUUGUGAAGAAUGAGGAAGUGAGGUAGAAGAAAAUGAGAACAUAGCUUUUCGGUAAUUUGAAAUUUGGUCGAAUAGGACUUGGAAAAAUGGGUGUACAGCAGUCAUAAGCUGGAAAAAUUUUCAAUCCUGUUUUUGGGAAUGUGAGAAGAUACAUGGGUUUCUGUAUUUGAUAAAGUGUUGAGGUCGAGCUAUGUUCAUUUUUUUUCUGAAUUUCCUUGUAGUUUGGUAUUAAUGGCGCCUUUUCCGCUGUUAUGAUGAUGAACUAUUUAUAUGUGUUUGACUGCCGUGUGCACACGUGAUGGCCAUGGCUGUUCAAAAGCUCUUCCCAGAUGCAAAAGUGACAAUUGGUCCGUGGAUAGAAAAUGGGUUCUAUUAUGAUUUUGAUAUGGAGCCUAUGACAGACAAAGAGUUGAAAAGAAUCAAGAAGGAGAUGGAUCGCAUCAUUGGUAGAAACUUACCACUCAUAAGAGAAGAAGUUUCAAGAGAUGAACCUCACAAAAGAAUAACUGCUCUCAACGAACCUUACAAAUUGGAAAUUUUGGAAAGUAUUAAAGAAGAUCCCAUUACCAUAUAUCAUAUUGGUGAUGAAUGGUGGGACCUAUGUGCGGGGCCCCAUGUUGAAAAAACUGGAAAUAUUAACAGAAAAGCUGUCGAACUUGAGUCUAUUGCUGGUGCCUACUGGAGAGGAGAUGAAAAGAAACCACUGCUGCAGAGGAUCUAUGGCACUGCAUGGGAGAGUGAAGAUCAAUUGAAGGCAUAUCUUCAUUUCAAAGUGGAAGCUAAACGUCGAGAUCACAGGCGCCUUGGUCAAGUUCUUGACCUGUUUUCUAUACAGGAUGAUGCUGGUGGGGGUUUAGUGUUCUGGCAUCCAAAGGGUGCUAUUGUGAGGCAUGUAAUGGAAGAUUUGUGGAAAAAGAUCCACAUAGACCGUGGUUACGAUCUGCUGUAUACUCCACAUGUUGCAAAGGCGAACCUUUGGCAGAUAAGUGGUCAUCUGGAUUACUACAAGGAGAAUAUGUAUGAUCAAAUGAAUGUUGAGGAUGGACUAUAUCAGCUUCGACCAAUGAACUGCCCCUAUCAUAUCUUGGUUUACAAAAGGAAGCCUCACUCAUAUCAUGAAUUUCCUAUUCGAGUUGCUGAGUUGGGAACCGUAUAUAGAUACGAAUUAUCUGGAAGCUUGCAUGGUCUUUUUCGUGUAAGGUUUUACUCAGGUAUGGUGUUAGAUGAUGCCCACAUAUUUUGUCUAGAAGAUCAGAUCAAAGAUGAAAUCAGGGGUGUCCUAGAUCUUACCGAAGAACUUUUGUUGCAAUUUGGCUUCAACAAAUAUGAGGUCAAUCUCUGUACGAGGCCAGAGAAAGCUGUUGGAGAUGAUGAUAUAUGGGCGAAAGCAACAUCUUCCCUUAGAGAUGCUUUGGAUGAUAAAGGUUGGAGCUAUCAAAUUGAUGAAGGUGCUGGUGCCUUUUAUGGUCCAAAGAUUGAUCUUAAGAUUGAGGAUGCCCUUGGAAGGAAGUGGCAGUGCUCAACUAUAUAGGUUGAUUUUAACCUACCACAGCGUUUUGACAUAACAUAUGUUGACUCAAACUCUGAAAAGAAGCGGCCUAUCAUGAUUCAUAGAGCUGUUCUUGGGUCAUUGGAGCGGUUUUUUGGGGUCCUUAUAGAGCAUUAUGCCGGGGAUUUUCCAUUAUGGCUUUCACCAGUACAAGCUCAUGUUGUACCAGUUACUGACUCCCAGCUUGAUUACUGCAAAGAGGUAACCAACAAACUGAAAGCAAAUGGUAUUCGUGGUGAACUUUGCCAGGGUGAACGCCUGCCGAAACUGAUUAGAAAUUCAGAGAUACAGAAAAUUCCAUUGAUGGCUGUUGUUGGUGCCAAGGAAGUUGAAACUGGGACUGUUACAGUAAGAUCCAGGUUUGGUGGCGAUCUUGGCACCAUGCCAAUUGACGAUUUUGUCAGUACAAUCAAGUCAACCAUUGAAAGCAAAGCGUCAAUUUGAUGUGCUUGCAGUUGGCUUUAGCCGAAGGGUGGUCUUCCUGUUGAUUUGGAAAGAUGUCUAGUCACUGGGAAACACAAAAAAUGAAACAGAUUCGAUAGCAUAAAAGCAAUUUUGUUGCAUUUGUACUUUACCAUAGCAGGAUUGUACCAAUUUAUUGUUUAGUCAGUGCCAAGAUUGGUCCAUCAUAGUAGAGGUUGAAUCUGAGAGAGUUUGAAGUCGGUAUCGAUGCAAAAUUCGUUACAGGCUGCAUUUGCCACUUGUAUUUGUAUAUAUUCAUAUAGACGGAAGGCACUAAUGUCAGCCAGAAGUUCAUUGACAGUUUACCUGCCUUGCAUUUGAAA